CUCAACCCUUUGCGAUAUAUCUCAACUAAUCACCAUAGUAUAUAUAUGUACUUCAAUGGAAGGAUCUCCUCUAAUUGUGCAUUCUAAUAUUCAUAGUAUAACCAAUUUGUUAAUCUUUCAUUUAUUAAUUAUAUAUAUAUAAAUUAACAACUUAUAAUGAUGUACUUACAAACACCUAAAAGGUCAAGCAUACCAUCAGCUCCAACUCCAUUUAGUCAUCCCAAAGCUUCGACUGCAACGUUACCUCCAUUAUCUUCAAUAUUAUCAUCAAAUACUAGAUCAAGCACAAGUUCUACUUCACCUCAUUUAACAACAAAAUUACCUUCAAUUGAUUCUUUCACUUCAACUCCAUUAUCUUCGAAAUAUUUUCAAUCGACUAAUAAUUCAUCAUAUUUACCACCAACUUUACCAACUCCAUCCACAAUAACUCGUAAUAAAAGUUUGCCUUAUAUCCCUACUGCAUCUAUUGCUACAUUAAAUUCUACAUCUCUGUUGAAAAGAAAUUCUUCAAGUGCUGAAAUAUCUGCUUCAGAAUCAGAUGUGGGAUCUCCAACUUCUUCCACUACUAAAACGAGUCCAAUUCCUGCAUUUAUAACUCCUGCGUCCAAAUCUAGCAGCUUCUCUUCAAAUGGACCAACACCAAUUGAUACUAAAUCCUAUGCUUUUAUAUCCCAUUCGCCAUCCACAUAUCCACUGCAAGAACCUUCUAUUGACAAUGCUCCUUUAGCAAGAAGAAAAAGAAGAAGAACUUCUCCUAAUGAAUUGGCUAUCUUAAAUAAAGAAUUCACUUUAGGAACCACGCCAAAUAAAGCUAGAAGGCUCGAAAUUGCAGCAAGAGUAUCUAUGACUGAAAAGGCAGUUCAAAUUUGGUUUCAAAAUAGAAGACAGUCUAUUAGAAAACAACUGAAUACAGAAAAAGAAGUUACGGAAUUACCUUCAAUUCCAAUUCAUCAACAUCCUCAUAUCCAACAUCAACACCAACAACAAUUAACAGUAGAUGGUACUACAGUUCCAACUACUCGUUUGUCUGUUUCAUCUAUUCCAACUCUUCCAUUACCAUCACCUGAUAUUACGUCCUCAAUACUUCCUCCGUUAAUUUCAUCGACCCCAACGAAACCAGUUAUAACUAAAUCUCAUUCUUAUGUUGAUAGUCCUCGUGUGCCAUUACCUGUUUCUUCUCCGAUUAAGCAGAGAGCACAAUCUAUACCCAAUGUCGCUAAUAGAGUUAGUGAAGAUGCUGAUGAUUCAGAGGCUGCUGAUGAAUCAAAUAGCUCAAUAGAUGAUUCAAUGAUAAUUCACAAUCAUCAGAGUAAAAGAAUCACACCAACCACGCUAGUCUUAAACGAAACUAAAAAGAAACAACCAUUACAAUUGAAUUCAUUAACCUCUUCAACAAUGACUUUUAAAUUAACUCCUUCUAUAACUUCUCCAACUGCAACAAUUACACCUACAACUACUUCAUCAACUACUAAUACUACACCACUAACUACUAAUACUACUCCAGUAACUAUACUACAACAGAAAUCAAGUAUUCAUAAUAUUUUAAAUGUUUCUGAUCAACAACCACAACAAACCAGAAAACCUUUGGGUCAAUUAAAUUCAAAACUGUUAAAUAAACAAAAUACUGUUAAAGUUCCAGAAAAGUCCGAUUCUUCAAAAGAGGAAAAUAAGCAGUGUGCUGAAAAUUUGUUAUCUUUAAGAUUAGCUAAUUAAAAUGUAUAUUAGUUCAUAUUUAAUUCCCCUAUAUUUAUUAUUACUUCUUAAGGUUUAUUUCCUAAAAUGCAUAAUUUAAUU